AUGCGCUUCUCCGUCCUCCUCCUCAGCUCCAUAGCCCCCGCCUUCAUCGCCGCGCACGGCAAAAUCGCCGCCGUUCAAGGCGACGCCGGCGGCAACGGUACCGCCAUCGGCAUCCAAGGCGGUAUCAUCCCCGGCGCAGGCAAAAACAAAGUCACUGAGCCCGACACCACCAUCUUCGGCAGCACCAAGGUCGCCACCAACGGACUCGGCAAGACCAAAGGGCAGGGCAAAAACACCGUCGCCAUGGUCGCCGACACAAUGGAGCAGAGCGGUUCGACCCUCCCUCAAGUCAGCGACGGCGGCAUGAUCACUGGUACUUUCCACAUCGUGACGACAGAUGGCGCAGGUCCCGUAUCCGCCAUGAUCGAUACCACAGGCACCGGCGCCUUCUCCACCGGCGUGCAGGCGAAUGUCAUGCAAGAUGUACCCGGCAACAAGGGCAAUAUCAAAGCCAACGGGCAGGUGCCGCGCAGCCUGGAGCACUGGGCGCUGCGUGCCCGCGGGCUGGUGAAGCGCGCGUCAAAUGUCAACCAGGACUAUCCGAUUGCAGUGCAGGUGCCGGCUGGGACGACGUGCUCGGGUACCGUGGCGGGGCAGCAGAAUGUAUGUUUUAUGAAGAUUGCGAACAGCAACAAGGCGGGGCCGUUUGGAGGCGUUAUUGCGUUUCAGAUGAGUGAUGGAUCAUCUUCGGACUCAAGCAGUGGGUCUGCGGUUGCGAAGCGCUUCGUCGCCUAG